AUGGCCGGGACCCCAUCCAGUCGUGGCUGUGACGCCUGCCGGAAGCAAAAGAAAAUGUGCGAUUCAUUGAAGCCGGCGUGCUCUCGCUGUACACGUCUUCAAAUCCCUUGCAUUGGUGCAAGCCAGUGCCGGUUCAUGUUCAAGGUCCAAACGACAGCAAAUAUACCGAAGAGGGCGUUGAAAGGCUCUGAAAAGCAUGACCAGGAAGAAGAUAGCUCCUCAGUCAUACCCGUCGGCCACCCAUCAUCCCCCCCCAGUAAUGCCAUAACUUUAGCAACAGGGGCCUUUUUCUCAGUCCUAAAGGUUGAUGAUCCACGGUACGACGUUACUGGUUGGACCGUCUUUCUAAAGGAAAUACCCAAACGUAUGGGCACAAGUGACGUGCUUGAUGCGUCGGCUAAGACAUUUGCGAAUACGCUCUCCGCAGUGCAAUCUAAACAACCGCAAUCUGUGGAGAACCUAUCACAAUUCGGCAAUGCUUUGCACAUUCUACGGGGCUCAUUAAUGGGACACAAGGAUCAAAUAGUAGACUCACUGUGUGUCAUAUAUCUCCUUCUUCUAUGUCAAGGAUGGCUUUCCGAAUUGCCAGGUCAAAAUGUCAACCACAUAAACGGCAUAAUGCACCUCCUAAAUAAAGUGUCAGACAAGGAUUGGCAAGGCGAAUUUGAAAGUCAGAUUCUGGUAACAGUGUGCAUGGUGGUGAUAUUUGAGAGUAUUGCUAAUCCGAGUAUAAAAUUAAGCCCCUGGCUCGUUAACCUGAAGAAGACGUACUACGGACCCGAGAAGCCUUGGGGAGUCGAUGACCACAGGGGGAUUGGCACUCAAACAAUCACAGUGGAGCACAUGGUCAGGAUGCCAGGCUAUUUCCAGGAACCAGAGCUUCACUUGCAUGACCUCAGAAGCAGCUACCAAGUCGCCUUCAGCGAGUCUAAGAGCUUAUGUGCUUAUGUUAUAGCCAUGGCCGAAUCAAUAACGCCUGAAGCUAAUGCCUCCUCUUUCAGAGCAUACGUACGUACCCAAAGUGUGGCAUCCAUCCUAGUCUCCAUCGGACUCCUUCUAGGCACCAUUCUUCGAAUAUUCGAACCCAGCAAUGAAAUUCUCAAGACAGAGACUGCCUUUCUCAUUUCGGAGAUUGCGAAAAUUGCUGUAAGAGCAUCGAGUUAUAGGCCCUUGGGCGCGAUGCAUAUACCGCUUAGUUUAUGUAUGGCCUGGGCUGCGGCAGAUAAUGCAGAAUCAGAGGUCGAAAUUGAACGUAUCGUCAGGGAAUACGAAGCGGAUUUUCCUAAUGCAAAUUGGCUUGACAUUGCAAUCUGGUUAAGAGCCAAGUUUGAAGGUCUGAAGUAA